AUGCUCCCACUUUUGUUCCUGGCGGUCUUCCUUGCCCCCGGCGUCAUGGCCAACGUUGUCGCCGGAAAAUGGCAAGCCCUCUUCUUCUACCAGCUCUACAGAAUCGAAGUCGAGGCCCACGGCCUCGAGAACUCGCGCAUGGCGCCUGGAUGCGUCAAGGCUGGAGUUGUCUGCGACAUGAAGGCCUUCAUGAAGGAGGUCAGCAUAGUCAAGAAAGUACGGGCGCUUGACGCAAAUGGCGUAGUCAUCAAGCCUGUCAAGAUUGUUGACGACCCUGAUUGGGACAAGGUCAACUGGGCGCAGAUCGGCGAGGGUGCGAACCUCGAGACAGUCGCAAUUGAGUUUGAUAAGGUCGGUUUCAAGGGGCGCAUGAACAACGCGAGGAUUUUCAAAGAUUGA